CACCAGGUCCCGGAUGGAGAUUCCCCGCCGGCACCCGGUUAUCACCGAGGAACAGUGACAGGGGAGAGACCUUAACAUGCUGCUGUGUACUUGUCUGCACGGCAGAAAAAUACACGGUAGCAUGUUUUACAUAGUAAAACACACACAGCACAUACAGUAAAACAGCACAUAGUUAACCCUUUGAUCACUCCAGAUGUUAACCACUCCCUUCCCAAUGUCAUUAGUACAGUGUCAGUGCUUUUUAUUAGCAGUGAUAACUGUAUUAGUGUCAUUGGGAUGUCAGUGGCAGUUAGUCAGUCCCCCCGUGGCAGAAUGCCCGCCUCAGUCCCGCUAU